AUGGAUAUUGAGCCAGAAGCGCGCCGCCUCUUCUCGAGCAUCGAGCAGAGCUUCUCCAAAACCGCCCUCGGCAACCAGCGAUGGUACCUCGUGGCCCUCACAGCACUGACCGGGGGAGGAAGUCCCCACCUCGCCGACCAACUGUACCUCUACCUCAUCCAACAAGCCCAGUACUCAACCUCGCCGUCCCGCCAAGCGCUCAUCCGCCGCCUCCGCGAAGACCUCGUCAAAGCCGUGUCCAUCAUCGGCGUGUGCCGGCCCAUCGAGGCCAUCGUCGCCAUCAGCAACGUCGAGCGCGAGGAGGACCGCGACUACAGCUGCUCGCGCGAGGGCUGGGCCUGCGACGACGCCAACCACCAGCGCGGCAUGGACUGGCUGCACAAGGUCUACAAGCAGAAUGUCAAUUUCAACCUCAACCUCUUCAACGCCCACAAGGACUUUGACUGGAUCUCAAAGGAGAUCACCUACGGUCUCUACCUGUCGGACCGCCAGGUGUUGGACGACAUCGACACCGAGCUGGUCGUCGUGUCGGGCAUCAUGAUACAGAACCUGAAGAAUGAGACGUGGUGGCACAUUCGCGGCACGAGGAGGCAGGGCGUCUCCAAGGAGGAUAUGCACGUUGUUUACGAUUGUAUCAAGGAGGUGGCGGCGUUUCUGCAGAUCAAACUGGACAGAGUGCCGACGGUCGACGAGGUCGAGCCCGACGUGUAG